AUGUCCACCACCCAGAAGACCCAGAAGCCCAAGGCUGGCCGUUCCGCCAUUGCCGAUGUUGUCGCUCGCGAGUACACCAUCCACCUGCACAAGCGUGUUCACGGUGUUUCCUUCAAGAAGCGCGCUCCCCGCGCCAUCAAGGAGAUCAAGGCCUUCGCCGAGAACGCCAUGGGCACUCGCGAUGUCCGCCUCGACCCCCAGUUGAACAAGAAGGUCUGGGAGUGUGGUGUUAAGGGUGUUCCCUUCCGCCUCCGUGUCCGCAUCUCGCGCAAGCGUAACGACGAGGAGGGCGCCAAGGAGAAGCUCUACUCCUACGUCCAGGCCGUCAACGUCAAGGACCCUAAGGGUCUCCAGACCACCGUUGUCGAGGACGCAUAA